AUGUACUUCCCAAAGGCAGGUGUCGUGGCUCUGCUGGCGGCGUUGCCGUCCACUCUGGCUUGUCUCGGCUACGAGGGUGGUCUUCCCACUCCUACUAGCACCAAGACCAACAGCAAAGUCAUUGAGGUGGCAGCUGGUGCCACGUUCGAUGGUGGCUGGGCUAAGUAUGACCGUGGCUCGGGUGCCUGCAACGAACAGGCCGAAGGAGGUGACGCCGAUGCCGUAUUUCUGCUCCGCAAAGGCGCAAAGUUGAAGAACGUCAUCAUUGGAAAGAACCAGGCUGAAGGUGUGCACUGUGACGGACCCUGCACUCUCGAGUUCGUUUGGUUCGAGGAUGUCUGCGAAGACGCCAUCACUAUCAAAAAUGACAAGGCAGGUGAAGAAACCUGGAUCAUCGGUGGUGGCGCCUACAAGGCAUCCGACAAGAUUGUCCAACACAACGGCUGUGGAACUGUGAACAUUAUCAACUUCUACGCCAACACAUAUGGAAAGUUGUACCGCUCUUGCGGAAACCAGCCAGUGGGAACCACCGCGUACAACGGCGGCGAGUUGGCAGGUAUCAACUCGAACUACGGCGACACCGCCACCCUCAAGAACGUCUGCACGGACGCAAAGGUCAAGUGUCAGAUGUACAACGGCUGUGCCGGUGGCUGCGAGCCCACCAAGUCGGGUGUUUGCUCUGGCUAA